AUGUCAGCGGGUGGGAAGGCCGCAGCAAAGAAUCGGCCAACUUUUGUUGAUAUGGAUCCUCCGGAUCAUAUGCAUCAAAGGGGUAUGGUCACGUCAUUCUUUACUCCAGAGCAUAUUGAAUCAAUGAAGCCACAAAUCCAAAGGACGGUGGAUCAUUACCUGGAAGAGAUGAUACGAAAAGGAUGUGAGAAGCCAGUUGAUUUAGUGGAACAGUUUUCCCUCCCCAUACCAUCCAAGAUCAUAUAUGAUUUGUUAGGUAUACCAUUUGAGGACACAGAGAUUUUGACGCAAUGGAAUGCUAUUCGGACGAAUGGUAGCUCGACUGCUGCUGCUGCCUCCAAUGCUAAUCAAGAACUACUGGAGUAUCUUGAUAAGCUUGUCGACAAGAAAAUCAUGGAUCCUGAGAGCGACUUGAUCAGUUCCCUGGUCACCAAACAGCUCAUUCCUGGGAAUAUUGACAAGUUGGAUGCUGUCCAAAUAUCAUUUCUUUUGCUUGUUGCUGGCAAUGCUACCAUGGUCAACAUGAUCAAUCUAGGAGUGGUAACACUUCUUGAACAUCCAGACCAACUAGAGGACUUGAAGAACCAUCCAUCUCUAGCAAAACCGUUCGUAGAAGAGUUAUGUCGGUAUCAUACUGCGUCGGCGUUGGCUACUCGCCGUGUCGCUAAAGUUGAUAUCACCCUGAAUGGCCAAAUUAUCAAAGCUGGCGAAGGUAUCAUUGCUUCCAACCAAGCUGCUAAUAGAGACGAGGACGUAUUUCCUAACCCAGACAAAUUUGAUAUGCACCGCAAACGUGGUGCCGAAAGUGCCCUUGGGUACGGUUAUGGGGACCAUCGCUGCAUCGCGGAAGGGCUUUCUCGUGCAGAACUAGAGGCUGUUUUCUCAACGCUUUUCCAGCGGCUUCCUAACUUGAGACUUGGAAUCCCCCAUUCAGAGAUCAAAUAUACCGCACCUACCAUGGAUGUCGGUAUCAGCGAACUUCCGGUAGUGUGGUAG